AUGUCCAACUGGACCACUGUAACCGAGUUCCUCCUCCUGGGCUUCUCGGACACUCGGGAGCUGCAGAUCUUACACUUUGUCAUCUUUCUGGCAGCGUACCUGGCAGCUCUGGUGAGGAACCUCCUUGUUAUCACUGUUGUAACUACGGACCACCACCUCCACAGCCCCAUGUACUGGUUUUUGGCAAAUUUGUCCAUCCUUGACCUUGGCUCCAUCUCUGUCAUUGUCCCCAAGUCCAUGGCCAAUUCUCUUUUAAACACCAGGACAAUUUCCUAUGCUGGAUGUGUGUCCCAGGUCUUUCUCUUCUUCCUCUUUUGUACAGCUGAUCUUGCAUUCCUCACCAUCAUGGCAUAUGACCGGUACGUUGCCAUCUGCAAGCCACUGCAUUAUGAGAUAACAAUGAACAGGAGAGCUUGCGUCCAGAUGGCUGCCGGUGCUUGGGCUGCUGGUGCCAUGUACUCUGCACUGCACACCGGGAGCACCUUUAGUCUCCCCUUCUGCCACUCAAAUAUCAUCAACCAGUUCUUCUGUGAAGUGCCCCAGCUGCUCAGGCUCUCCUGCUCUGACGCAUACCGCAGGGAGCUGACAGCUCUUGCCUUCAGUGUGUUUUUAGCUCUAGGCUGUUUUGUUUUCAUCAUUGUGUCGUAUGUUCAGAUCUUCACCGCAGUGUGGAGCAUCCCCUCAGAGCAGGGCCGGCAGAAAGCCUUCUCCACCUGCAUUCCUCACCUUAUCGUGGGCUCCCUGUUUAUUUCCACUGGCGGCAUUGCCUACACGAAGCCCGUCUCUGACUCCCCGUCACCUCUGGAUCUCCUGGCGGCUGUUCUGUAUUCUGUGGUGCCUCCAUUGAUGAAUCCGGUCAUCUACAGCAUGAGGAACAAGGAGAUCCAAGCUGCCCUGAGGAAA